GCGAGCCUGCCGUCGUCGCCCCGUAUCCGCCAUCUCAUCGCCGCUGAGCCUGCCGUCGUCGCUCUGCUCCGGCCUCGACCUCGCUGUCGGCAGCAACAACGGCUUCAUGGGAAUGGGAAUGCAGUCCAUCCCCGACCUCAUGGGCGGCGGCUCGGCGGCCAUGCGCCUGCCCGCUGGCAUGAUGGGCGGCGGCCUGGACGACGGCCUCGGAGGCGAAGGCGUCUCCAUCGACCGCGGCGCGCUGCUCGAGCUCGGGCUGGCCGCAAUGGAGGAGCUGGUGAAGGUGACGCAGGUGGACGACCCGCUUUGGCAGCCCAGCCUGGAGAUUGGGAUUGAGACGCUCAACUACGACGAGUACCGGCGCGCCUUCGCCCGCGUGCUCGGCCCCAGCCCCGCCGGCUACGUCUCCGAGGCCACCCGCGAGGUCGGCAUCGCCAUCAUCAACAUCGUCGACCUCGUCAACAGCCUCAUGAACGAGGCCCGGUGGUCGGAGAUGUUCCCGUGCGUGGUGGCGAGGGCGAGCACGAUGGAGAUCAUCUCGAGCGGCAUGGGCGGCACCCGCAGCGGCUCAAUCCAACUGGUGAUCAUGCACUCCCGUUUCAUCCUAGCUCCACCUCGCGACCAGCCUAACUUGAUCUCGCUCGCUCCGGCUACGUAACGCCUUGGUGACCAUGUGUACGUGCAGAUGCGCGCGGAGCUGCAGCGCCGCUGGUGCCGAUCAGGGAGGUGACGUUCCUGCGCUUCUGCAAGCAGCACGCCAACGGGCUGUGGGCCAUC